AUGGCACCAUUUGAAGCUCUUUAUGGAAGGCGAUGUAGAUCACCAGUCGGAUGGUUUGAAGUUGGUGAAACCAAACUGUUGGAACCCGAUUUGGUACAAGAUGCGAUUGAAAAAGUUCGCUUGAUCAAGAAACAUUUAUUAGCAGCUCAAAGUAGACAGAAGGCCUAUGCUGAUCAUAGGAGACGUAACUUAGAAUUCUCGGUGGGUGAUCAAGUUUUUCUUCGAGUGUCACCUAUGAAGGGUGUGAUGAGGUUUGGCAAAAAAGGCACAGUGGCGUAUCGCUUGGCACUACCACCUGAUUUGGCUAUGAUUCAUCCAGUAUUCCACGUGUCUAUGUUAUGUAAAUAUCUUCAUGAUCCAUCUCAUGUACUUACUCCCCAAUCAGUGAAAUUGAAAGAGGAUUUAUCAUUUGAAGAAGAACUUAUUGCUAUAAUUGAUCGACAAGUAAGGAAGUUACAUUCUAAAGAAGUAGCCUCUGUAAAAGUAGUCUGGAAGAACCAUUCGGAGAAAGAAGUAACCUAG